CACCACACACCACCACUCCAUCUCUACACAUUUACAUUCACCAUGCCUCCCUCACCCCAAACCACAAAACUAACAAGCACCCUCCACCUCCUCAUCCCGCGUCUCCGCCUGCUCCAAAAAAAAGACACCGCCAGUUCCGUCGUCCAACGCCGCGACCUCUCCGCCCUACUCACCGAGAACCGCUCCACGAGCGCCCGCAUCCGCGUCGAGAAUGUCAUCGCUACCGAUACCGCCGUUGAAGUCAUGGAGAUGGUGGAGUUGUAUUGCGAGCUGCUUCUAGCGCGGGCGAAUGUGUUGGAUCAGGCGGCGUUUGGGGAACAGGGGAAUCGAGCGAGGAGUCGCGCGAGGGGGGAAGUGGUGAGGCAGCAACAACAACAUCUUACCACUUCCUCAUCCGGGGGUGGGGUGGGGAUGGGAAUGGGAAUGGGGGAGGGGAAGAAGGGAUCAUCAGGGUUCUCGUUUUGGGGACUUGGAUUUGGGAGGAGAGAUACCACCACCACUUCCACCUCUUCCCCUACCUCAACCACCACCACCACCACCACCACUACACCCCCCGCCGCCCCCGAAGAAUCCCCCGAAGAAACAGAAGGCUACAUCGACCCCGCCCUCGAUGAAGCCGCGGCCGUGAUCUUCUACGCCUACCCACGUUUUCCGCACGACGUCCGCGAAAUGACCAUCCUGCGAAACUUACUUUCCGAUCGCUGGGGGAAGGAUUUCAUGCUGUUAGCGCAGGAGAAUAAAUUGGAGGAGGUGAAAGUGCCGGAACGGCUGGUCAGGGGGUUGAGGGUGAGGCCGCCCACGGCGGAGUUGGUGGAGUGUUAUUUGCUCGAGAUUGCAAGGGCGUAUGGGGUUGCGUGGCCGGUGGAGGUGGAGGGGGAUGUACCGGGGGUGAUGGAGGGAGGGGGGGAAGGGAGUGAUGGGGAGGUAGGAGGUGGAGGUGGAGAUGGAGAUGGGGAGAGGGAAUUGCCAUCUACGCCGAGGAAGAUGGAGAGCGAGGCGCGACGGGCGUCUGAGACGGUCGCAUUGAACAAGGCUACGCCGCCGAGGGGACUCUUCGAGGGAAAGAGUCCGGUGAGUGUGGCGCCGCCAGGGCCUCGGAUGGAUAAUUUGAACCCUAGAGUCAAAGUACCCGGGGAAGACAUCUCGCGGGACUCGACCCAGCCGACCAGGUCGGGAAAGAGUGAUAUACCCGAGUUGGAUGAGUUGACGCGACGGUUCGCUGCCCUGCGGCGGUAAUUGACAGUUUGCAGCCUGCGCGAUAUUUGCAGCCUGCGCGACGACACAUGCACAUGUUAUGAUUAUGACAGCAACUCUAUUAGAUGCAUCUAUUCCUUUUGGU